AUGACUGCCCAACGUAAAUUGCGGAGCAAUACGUCCCCCAAUCACAGUACAGUGGCAGUGCCUAGAUCUCAACAUAAAGAUCGUGCUUCCGAACAGAACAGCUUAGCAGAAGGAGCGACGGCUGCGACUGGAGCGACGACAUUAGCAAAGAAGAGGCAAAAGCGAUCAUACAAGUCUGAAGGGAAUUCCACAUCUCCCCAAGUGAAAAGAGCUCGAAUCCAGACACCUGAGCCCCAGCAAAAGUCGUUGAGCCAACAUUCACAAGAUGCUUCACUGGUGCCCAGCCACGUACCAAGGAAGAAAGCUGUAUUGUCGUUCGACCGGCCUGCUGAGCCCCACAGGACCAAUGCCCCACUGAAAACGCCUAGGGGAUCGCGGCUUGUCGUAUCUAACAAGGAGACCGCUGAGGCUUCUCCAUCUAAGACCGGAAUCCCAAGACCGGCAACCUCAACGAGUCAUAUUCUAGACGAAGCUUGUGCUCACCUCGUCAAGAUGGAACCGAUGUUGCAGCCUCUUAUCGAAAAGCACUAUUGCCGAGUCUUCUGCCCUGAAGGUUUGGCUGAAGAAUGCGAUCCUUUUAAAAGUCUUUGUAGUAGCAUAAUGGCCCAGCAGGUUUCUGGUGCUGCGGCCUCGUCGAUCAAAAGAAAGUUCGUAGGGCUUUUCCAUGGGCCUCUUGACACGGAGAGAGUAGAGGAAGCUAGAGUCUUUCCCACGCCUGCCCAGGUCGCGGCUUGCAGUGUUGCUUUCUUACGUCAGGCUGGCCUCUCGGAGCGCAAAGCUGAGUACAUCAAAGGACUUGCCGAAAAAUUUGCGAGCGGGGAGCUAAGCGCUGCGAUGUUAAUCAACGCCAGCGACGAAGAAGUACUCGGAAAGUUGACUGCCGUGAGAGGACUGGGCAAAUGGUCUGUAGAGAUGUUUGCUUGCUUUGGGCUGAAGCGAAUGGAUAUCCUUUCUACUGGAGACCUUGGUGUUCAGCGAGGUAUGGCCGCUUUCAUGGGCAAGGACGUAAGAAAGUUGAAGGCCAAGGGCGGAGGUAAAUGGAAGUACAUGUCAGAGCAGGACAUGCUUAAGCAUUCUGAAAAAUUUGCGCCAUAUCGAAGUAUUUUCAUGUGGUACAUGUGGAGAGUUGAAGAUGUGGACAUAAACGUCGUCGAAGAGGCAUGA